AAAAUACAUUGACAUUGGUACGCCAAAAGGACGUGUUGUAACUUAUUAUAAAAUUUUAAUUGUUAAUUUGAAAUGCAUUUGAGAAUUAUUUACUUAUUAGCAGUAUUUCUUCUACGAAGUGUUGCGUCAGAAGCUAAUGAUGAAAUUAAAAAGGGGAAAUAUCCAUAUAUGGCCUUUAUAUAUUACCCGGAUGAUUCAGUGGUAGACAAGAAUGGAGUACGACUGACGCGAGCUGGUAUCUUAUUGAAACCGGACCGGCUUAUAACAUCAUCAUUGGAAAAUGAUGACGCACCGAUGGCUUUUCCAGAGAAAACACUAGUUGCUAGACUUGGAAGUGUAUCUAUUGAUAGCAACUUCAGUAUUAAUGAAGACGAACAUGAACAGGAAAGUGAGAUAAUCCAGAUUAUUCGCCCCUACAAUUUUAGUGCCACCGAGUGGUGGUUCAGCGAUAUUUCCUUAUUGAAAACUUUGAUUCCAUUUAAUUUAACUACAGCAGUAGCGUACACUUCAAUAUAUCACAAGUCGGAUAUCAUCAAGAAGGAAUGUUUUAGCCUUGUGUACGCGCGAAACACUUUGAACAAGACGAUGGACAAACUCCUGACACUGAUACCAGUUGAAGUUAUACCUUCAACAAGGUGUGGAAGCCACUAUAGAGAGAAGACCAUGGUCUGUGCACAAGACGUUGAUGAUAAGAAGAAUGUCACCUACGACCCAAAUUUUUGCUUUGGAAAUGGAGGUGGUCCACUUAUAUGUGAGGGUAAUAUCUGUGGAAUACAAACCUACAGCAACGGAUGCCAGGAACCUUACCUAUAUCAAGUAUUCUCAGGCUGGGUACUAUUCAUAUCGUGUGGCAUACAAGACACAUGCCAGGAGAAGCAGUGUGAGAAAAUUUGUACUGUCAUAAAUAAAGAUUCAGAAAAAAGUACUACCAAACAACAAGUGGCGUUGGUCUCUCAGGAAAUGUUUACAAAGGAAAUAACACAAUCGACUUCUGACAGUGAAAAUGAUUCGGAAGAAAUGAGUCCUGAAAGGGCUACCGCAACUACCUCAAAAGAUUUCGAAGAUACAACUCUCACGUCUACAUCUUUAUUGGUGGAGGAAAGUCCAGAAACCUCAGCAUCUGCCGAGACUCAAUCUCUUCUGACUGAGACUUCUGGUUCAGUUGAAGGAAACUUGCGAAGAGCUAACGUAGAGGCUCACGAGCAGCCGAUUAAGAAGAAGAAUUCGGCAGCAAUUUUGACGCCUUCAACUCAAUUGCCAAUUCUUUUUUGGGUAGCGAUUAACUUUGCAUAAGAUUUUAUUUAUAUUAAUACUUAGUUUAUUCCUAUUAUUUAGUCGUUUGUCAUUCCGUAAAAUAAAUGUCAUUCAUAAU